AAGCAAUCAUCUUCCAAACCACAGAGACUACUCAACAUGGCUCCCAGUCGUCUCGAGUCACCACCAUUGGAAUCCCCCGCCCUGUCUUCGGCUAAUAAGCUGGAGAAUACCAAGGAGAUUCCUAAGGACAACUAUGGCAAUUAUUAUCCCGCUGACCCAGCGACCCUAAACCUCGAGUCCAACUACGGACCCAUGAGCCCCGAGUCAAUCGGAUACCUCCAACCCACCUCUAAGGAUACUCCCCUUGAGGUCAUGCAUGAGCGAUUUGAGCGCGAUGGCUAUCUUUUCGUCAAAGGAUGUAUCCCCAAAGAGGUCUCCUUAGAAUGCCGAUGUGCCUAUUUCUCAUGGAUGUCCCCCAGCGGUCUCCUCAAGCAUGGUACCGAUCCUGUCGAAGGAAUUUUCUCCGGCGCCGAUACGAGAAAAUAUCUCCCCCCUGGAAACUUGCGCCGUCUCUUCGGCUUAAAAGACGACCCUGACAGCGACCGUUAUGUCGAGUUGAUGGUCUCCGCCCAUGAAGCCCCUUUCUAUCUCGACUUUUGUGAGAAUAGGGAAUUGCGGGACUUCGUGCGCUACUUCACUGGCUGGGCUAAUCCUCACAUGCUCCAGCGCACCAUGUUUCGCGCCUUCGUUCCAAAUAGCGAGCUCACACCAGUCCACUUCGACCAAAUGUACCUUCGUGCUGGUCCACCUACAAGUAUUACGGCGUGGGUUCCCAUCGGUGAUGUGUCUCUGGAAGCUGGAGGCCUGAUGUACCUCCAAGAUUCAUCAGACAUUGGUAAAAAGACCGAGGACGACUUCACCAAGCAUUCACACAACCUCACUGACGAGGAGCGCAUCAGUGCGUUCAACAAGAACAUGAAUGAUGGCGGAUUUCUCAGUAGAGAUACUGUGGCUUAUGGUCAGGAAGCCCAUAGAAAGUGGCUUAUUGCAGAAUAUGAGGCAGGUGAUGUCAUCUUUCACAACCCCUACAUGGUUCACGCCAGUUGCAAAAAUAGGGAUCCCAACGACAAGAUCCGUCUCGCAACUGAUGUGAGAUUCGUUGACCCAGAAAAGCCAUAUGACAUGCGCUGGAUGAAGGUAUAUCGGCCCUUGGAUGGACUAUGA